AGCAGCCUUGGCUAAGAUAACGGAAGAAGGUGAAGAAGACAAUUUUAGUUGCGGCAGAGAGAGUUUGACUUUUUUUUUUAAAGAAAACUAAGAAAAAAGUUGUGGUAGUAGAAAUUGAGUUUAGGGGAUUAGCAAAGGCGAAAAUGGCAGUUUUAACGAAGGAAACUUUACCUUUAGGAUUUAGAUUCAAGCCGACAGACGAAGAGCUCAUCAAUCACUACCUUAGAUUGAAGAUCAACGGUCGUCAUUCCGAGGUCAAGGUCAUUCCUGAAAUUGAUGUCUGCAAAUGGGAGCCCUGGGAUUUGCCUGGACUGUCGGUGAUAAAAUCGGACGAUCCGGAGUGGUUCUUCUUCUGGCCGCGUGACAGGAAGUACCCCAACGGCCAUCGUUCCAACAGAGCAACGGAUAAAGGGUACUGGAAAGCCACGGGUAAGGAUCGAACCAUCAAGUCUAAAAAGUCACUCAUCGGCAUGAAGAAGACCUUGGUUUUUUACAAGGGCCGUGCUCCGAAGGGCCAGCGUACUAACUGGAUCAUGCACGAAUACCGUGCCACCACCAAGGACCUUGAUGGCACCGCCCCUGGCCAGGGUGCUUUUGUUCUAUGUCGAUUGUUUCAUAAACCAGAAGAGAAGAAUGAUAUUGUGAAGUAUCAUGAAGUAGAACAAAUUGGAUAUUCUCCUACCAUGACAAAAUCUUCUCCUGAUGACGCUUCAUCCGAUCUUCUCCAAGAUAAUAUGUCAUCUGAGACACAAGCUCAAAAGCCUGAUGACUUAAUGCUAAAUGGUCAAGUAACAGGUGACAGCAGCUGCAAUAGUCAUAUGACUUCUGAUUUAGAAGAUAAUGCUGCUGACGAAACUGUGGUAGAGAAAUAUCCGCUUCUGGGAGACAAUUCGAAUUUGUGUGAGCCUAGAUUUGGUGAAAUUGACUGCAAAGUUUUCUCGCCAAUGAACUCAUAUUUAUUUGAAGAUCUUCCACCCUUCAUGGAUUCUCCUUAUGCAAGUGAUUUUGGCCAUGAUCAAAAUGGAUUUCAUUUCCAGGAUGGGACUGGUGAACAAGAUGUAUCUUUCUCAUUGUUGGAUGAGGUCUUGAAUAACAAUGAUAACUCCUAUGAAGAAUCAAACUGUCAGAACUGGGUUACUGGAACUGAGAUACCUUUAUCUGAUAAUGUAUUCAUCUCAAAGACAAUUCCACCAGAAACCUCCUAUCUCAAACAAAACGGCAUAUACAGUGACGCAGACACAGAAAUGCCACAACUACAGUAUGAAACAGAGAUUGGAGCUCGCAAGUGGUUUGGUGGGCAUAUUGAUAAUAAGGAAUCUGUGCCAAUGCAAACUUGCUUUGAGUCUGGCCAUACUCAAACAGAACUUUAUGACCAAGAGUUUAGAAUUGGAAAUAUUGGUGGUCUUGGAAAUUAUUCUGUUGGCCAAGCAACUUCAUCCACUGAUUCUCCAAUGGGUAAUAUUAAUAAUUUGCAGCAAUUAACCAGUCUGAAGAAUUAUAUGAAUAAUGGUGCUGAUCUUGAUGGUGGAACUGGAAAUAAGACUAGAACCUACCAGCCUCUGCAACAAUCAAAUUCUGAAAACUUUGGAACUCUUGAAACUGACUGGAACUGGAACUGGAACUGGAAUCAGGAUUAGGACCCGUGGACCUCAGCAACGACCAAAUG